AUGGUCGAAAUCAAUCCCCGCGCUGAGAUCAAAGAUGGCCGUGUUACGUUCCGGCAGAAGCACAUCUUCUCCCAAGAGACGCUAGCCAAGAGGAUCCCAGAGAUGUUUGCCGCCUUUGAAUGGGAUCUCAACUACAUUGGCUUGGAUGGUAGCAUCGGUUGCAUGGUCAAUGGUGCUGGCCUUGCUAUGUUGAAAGACAUCACCAUUUCAGAUGUGAAAGAUAAGGUUGUCGCGUUCAACAUCUUCUGCGAAUGA